UCAUAGUUUCUUGUGCAUUUUCUCAUGUUGCAGCGGGUUGACUCAGUUGUCUUGCAGCUUGCAUGCUCUUGUGUGUCGAAAAGGAUUUAUGCGAACUGUAGCGCUUCCCACAAGUGAUACCAAAUCAUUAUCUCCCUUGCCAAAUUCUAGUGAUCAGCCAGGUAAGAUAGGUAUUGUCAUGGUUUCCUCCAAGGAACUCAGACGCCAGACCCGAGUGUGGAGCUCGGGGUGUUUUAUUAGGGGAGAGCCGAAAACUCGUUGUCAAGAAACCAGGCAAAAGGGUCACCGAUGUGCGGACGUCAGGCAAAGGGAGAAUCCGGAAUACGUAAUCCAAAAUCACAGACUUGAGGUCGAAGGGAGACCAGGAAGAUGUAGUGACACGGGAGAAGGGAUCGGGAUCAAGGACAAGGGAAUGGAAACGGGGGUCCAGCUCAGGUUCCUAUGAUGUCCCCAAAUGGUUCUGUGCCUCCAAUUUACGUACCUACAGGAUACAUUUCGCAGGUCAUCGAGGAGAAUGGAGUUCGACGUGUCCUGGUCAUACCUCAGCCGGAGCUCAUACCAGGGGGCCACUCGCCCCUACCGCAUCCUCCACCCCCUCCGCCCCCCCAUCUGCCAGCUUUUGUUCCUCACCCGGUCAUGAUGCACCCACCACCACAUCCUAUAUAUUCGGGUGGAGCAGGGGACCUUGGCUCGCAGUACAUUUCACAAUACCACACCGGACACAUCUUCUCAGAGCUAGACUCCUAUUCUCCGCACAGACGCCCGCCUUUUGCACCCAGGGACGAGCGGGCUGGUAAAACGUACAGUCGCCUGCAGAGAAAGCUCAAGGAGCGCCAGGCUGGGGGGGGUGCUGGAAGCCCACCCACCGAUCAGGCGAGGAGCCCCCCACUAUCGCCCCGGAAGGACCACAGCAGCCCUGCUCCCUUGGAGGUCCAGAAUGGCCUCGGCAGCGAAGAGGCAGAGCAAGAGGAAGGGCAGGGCAGUGACACGGAGGCAGAGAGGGCCAAACUAGUGGGCGUGAUGAGAGGGUCGCCUUGCAUAGACACAGAAUCAGAAGACCUGGACGAGGAAUCCAAGGCCCUUCAAGUGGUGUUGUCUACCAUCGGCAAGCCAGAAGUAACUGACGUUCAGGCCCGGACUGCUGAGCUGAAGUGGUGUGCCCCUGCAGCUCCGGAUGAUGUGAAGAGCUGCCUAGGAGCCCAGAGGAGGCCUGCUGAACCCCUCAGCUACGAAGUGAUGGUCUCCUGUGGCAGCAGGGAUGGGGGCUGCCAGGUUGUGUACAGUGGCGAAGAACUGAAUGCAACUUUGGAUGACCUCCGGCCAGCGACAGACUACAGUGCAAGGGUGCAGGCCACAUGUCGUCAUGUGCAAGGCAGUCCAUCUGAGCCUGUGAACUUCACGACCCUCAGCUGUGAGCCAGACCCUCCGAGUGCCCCUUGGAAGGCUGGCGGAACAAAGACCAGCCUUGUCUUGCAAUGGAAGGCUCCCUGCGACAACGGCUCAAAAAUUCACAACUACCUGCUACAGUGGGAUGAGGGCAAAGGGACAGGGGAGUUUGAGCAGUGUUACUACGGACCACAGAAGCAGUAUCGAGUGACCAAACUUUCUCCAGCAUCGAAAUAUUGUUUCCGUCUCGCGGCCAAAAAUGACAUGGGUGUAAGCGGCUUCAGUGAAGCGGUUGACCUCUUCACCUCGGAGGGCGUCCCUGCAACCCCCCUCUGCGCAGAGCUGGUGAAAGCGGGGCAUAACUGGCUGCACCUGCAAUGGCAGCGGUCAGCAGCCCCACCCAGCGGAGACAGUAUCUUCUAUAUCCUGGAGAUGGAGGAAGAGGGCAUGGGAUGCGGUUUCAAGAAAUGUUACGACGGUUACAAAACCUCCCACACAGCCAAGAACCUCCAAAGGUGCACAAAAUACAAGUUCAGGGUGGUCGCUUACAAUGCAGAAGGCAAAAGUAACCCCAGCCAGGUUUCAGAAUUCUCCACCUGUCCGGACAGUCCGAGCUGCCCCCGGGGUCUUGCUGUAAGGGGCAAGGUGCUCCCUAACAGUCUUGAAGUCUGUUGGGAAUCUCCUAAUGAUGAUGGAGGGUCAGAAGUUACCAAGUAUGUUUUGGAAAUAUCUGAGGACAUGAAUGGAGCCUCCUGGGAGCAGGUUUACUGUGGGUCAGACAUGGAACACAGUUGUGAAGGCCUAAGGCCUGGUGUCACCUACCUGACCAGAGUCUACUGCAUCAGUGAGGGAGGCCAGAGCCCGCAAUCUGAGACCUUGCAGAUCCAGACCCCCAUUGUGCCCCCCGGCCCAUGCCAGCACCCCAGAGUGGUGGGCAGGCCAAAAGCUCGGGAGGUACUGUUGCGUUGGGGGCCCCCGUAUGUAGAUGGGGGAGGAGCAGUGACCCUCUACAGCUUGGAGAUGAAGGGUGGGCACGAGGAGGUGCACAGGGAGGUGUAUCAGGGCCCCGAUCUGGACUGCACCAUCAGCAAUCUACUGCCUGGUACCUCCUACAGCUUCCGCCUGCGGGCGGCCAACAAGGCCGGGUACGGGCCCUUCUCUGACUAUUGUGAGGUCACGACAUGCCCUGGUGCUCCCGAGCCUUGCCGUCCGCCCCACGUGGUGUGCAGAUCGCCCACCUGUGCCCUUGUCAGCUGGGAGACCCCGCCCUCUAACGGCACCCCGGUGUCGGAGUUCCGACUGGAGUGGGGCGUGACUGAGACCACCGUGCAGACAUGCUACUCUGGUCCUGGGCUCAGCCAUGAGAUACGGGGGUUACUGCCUGCCACCAGCUACUUCUUCCGGGUACAGGCGGUGAACGCAGUGGGAGUGGGACCCUUCAGUGAGGUGGUCCUUUGCCAGACUCCCUGCUCUGUGCCAGCAGCCGUCGCCGGCGUCCAGGCCCUGGAGGAUGAGGAACUGACGGCAGGGCGGGGGUCCGAUGCCCCCUAUUGCCCCUCAACUUGUCUGGGCCUGCAGUGGGAGGCACCCUGCGACCAUGGUGCAGAGAUCACCUCCUACCUCAUUGAUCUGGGGGAGCGGCAGCCGAUCCCCGUGGGACCGGUCACUCGAUAUGUCAUCCAGCACCUGCAGCCUGACACCACUUACAGGAUCCGGAUCCAAGCACUGAACAGUCUGGGCGCAGGCCCUUUCAGCCCCAUGGUCAAAAUGAGGACCAAACCUAGGCCACCACAACCCCCUCGGCUCGAGUGUACAGCGUUCAGCCAUCAGACUCUGAGGCUUAAGUGGGGCGAGGGAUCCAUACGGACCAGUCCCUCAGAUCCUCUUCAGUACCAGCUGCAGAUGGAAGAUAAAAGUGGGAGGUUCGUAUGCCUGUAUAGAGGACCAUGCCACACUCACAAAGUCCAAAGGCUGGUUGAGUCAACCGCCUACUCGUUCCGGAUUCAGGCCUUCAAUGAGGGGGGUGAAGGACCCUUCUCUGAUGUAUACACAUUCAGCACCCUGUGCUCUCCCCCUCCUGCUCCUAAAGCCCCCCGCCUUGAGCGCCUGAAUGACCACACAUGUGAGGUGACCUGGGAGUCCACGCCCCCCAUGAAGGGGGAUCCCAUCAUCUACUCCUUGCAGUGCAUGACAGGAAACACAGACUUCAAACAGAUCUACAAGGGUUCGGCCACAUCCUAUCAGGCCUCCAGCCUGCAGCCCAGCAACGAGUAUCGCUUCCGGCUUGGCGCCAUCCGCCAGUGUGCCACGCCCCCAGACCUACCAGGGCCCUACAGCACCACGGUGACACUCCUGCCCCAGCGCAGUGAGGCAGCAGCGGCGCUGGGUGGUGGGGCCGUAGGUGGGACCAAGGCAGUGCGGACAAGCGUCAGCCUGACAGACGAACAGUGUGCCGCCCUCAUACUGGUGGUUUUUGCCGUCACCUCCAUCCUCAUCGCCUUUGUCAUCCAGUACUUUGUCAUCAAGUGACCUAUACCACAUGCUUUUAUGGUAACAUCGACCUUUGUUUAAGUCCAUUUCCUUUGCCAUACAGAUGGUCCCUGCUAUAUGGCACCCCCCCACUAUACGUUGUUUUGUAGAUAUAUUGCUCCUUAUUGGCGACCACAUCUCACUAUAAAACACUUGAUCCCAUCAGAUGUGUCAGUAGACUCAGAGGAAUGCAGUUUAACUCAAAAUCAAGUAUUAUGAAAAAAAUACUUUAAAAAAUUUUCUUUACAAUUUUUACGCCUUUUGCAGCUAUUAAAGGUGUUUUUAAAGAAAACACUUUAGUAGUAUAUAUCUUUUACAGUUUAGUGCUAUACGUUGUGUCUCCUGCUGCUACUCUCUUUGAUUCACCGUGCUGCUGUAAUGUACGUACAGCAUCAUUAGAAGCUUACCCAAAUACAGUAAUUGUUACGUAUUAUUAAAUUGGUGAAAUAAGAAUAAGAACGCUAAAGUUUGAACAUGAUAAAAUACAGUAAUUAUUAGAUAAGAAGGGUAAGAUAGAAAUUGAAAUGUGGUUGAUGAAGUCUUUCUUUUACUUGAGGCAUGCCGUGUUGUCCAUAUCCAUGGGAAAUCCGUUCUUUAUUUACAGCUAGCAUCGUUUCGUGUGAUUUUUGCCCAAAGUGCAACCCGGCUUUUUAUAUUUACUUUAUUUAUUCAUCCCAAGUAAACUGGUUCCUUGUAUGAUUAACAACUGAAUUAGGAGUUCUUGAAGAUACUAACAUUUUUCAGUUUAUUUAUUUAUUUAUUUAUUUAUUUAAAAUGGCAUUUUCUUCAUUUAUCUGUUUUCUAAAAGUUCCGCUUCUAAUUUUACACCCAUAGGCAUUGCACAGCAGUCAAUUUAAUCUGUCGGUCAAUUUAAAUUAGUUUCAAUGUAGCUUUAGUAUUUAAAUAAAAGGUCCUACAAAGUAUAUUUUAUUUGUUAUUACUAUAUUUGAGGGUUUUACAGGACCUAACAUGCCAGUCAUUCAAGGCACAUCUACAUUGUUCAUUUUUUAUUGAUCGUGACUUAGUAAUAGUAGUGAAUUUGGAUUUUGGAUCAAAUCGAAUUAAAAAUAUAUUUCCUGGCCCAGUUGUGUUUGUUAAGAACAAACUAACUGCACUUAAGUAUCACGCGCCUGCAUCUAAGUUUCUCUUCCAGCUAAUGUAAUGCCCACGUUGUACUUUCUAUGAGAUGUACGUCGCUUUGGAUGAAAGUGUCUGCUGAAUGAAUAAAUGUAAACGUAAAUCUAAAAAGAGGAGACAGUGUAUGUAAAGAAGCUGGUGAAACAGACUUGAAUGUGCCCCCCCAAAAAAAAAAAAAAA